CAACCUGGAAACCUCAGCCCUCAGGAUCCCCACGAACACAGUAUCAUUGUAGCAAUGGGUCGCCGCGCCACAAGCUGAGGGCCAAACAAUGCCGCCUACUUGGAAUGAAAAUAUACACAAGUUUCCUGCUUAGUGAGUGGCCGUGAUGCACGAUGGCUCACCUCUGAAGUGUAGAUAUACAGUGUGCACCUUUUAAGUGAUCGCUGCGCCUCAUAUACGAGAAAAGAGUCAAGAUGUCUGUUUAUGCCUCACACUGCUGAUCUUGUCAUCAAAGUAUCUGGAGCUCAUUUGAGUGUCGACGUGGCGACCUUGAGUUUGUGCGGUGGUGCGUGAGUCACGGUGGCGUUUGGUAUGUGUCUUGAGGGCGUGUUGAGGGUGAUGGUGUCGGCGGCAGUGGUAACAGCAGCUGCAGCGGUUGAAGUUGUCCAUCAGAACUCUCCACACUUUCCCUCCAUCGCUGCCCCUGUUCCGUUCACCUCCCGCCCGACAAACGCACGAAUGGAAAGUGGCACUGAGGGUAAUGCGUCACAAGUGUUGGCACCGGAGAACACUGCUAGAGAUAGUCACGAGCAGGACAGCAAAGAUACAAUAUUGGGUGGUGAAGGGCACGCAGGCAGCUACAGCAGUGUGAGCUAUCUAGACGUCAACAGUAGUACUGGUAGUAACAGUUCACUAUUACGUUCCGAUAACAGAAUUGGAAACUGUAGUAUUGUCGGUGAUGGCGAUAACGUCGAGUCUGAAAUGUGCGAGCAGGAAGAGAAAGAUGGCGAGAACAGAGACGAGAUGUGGCAGGAGUGUCCAGGGCUGGCGAAGUCGCGGCUGGUGGAGGAAGGCUUUAGAAGAGCCGUGUCCUUGGGGCUGGAGCAAUGCGGACGGCUGUGGUGCAACCGUGUAGAAGGAAGUGAGGAGCGUCGACACCAUGGCGAGGUGUACUACGUCGUCCAACUUGGCCACGUGGCGGAGCACGAACACGAGUGUCUCCUUAACAUCAGUCGGAUGAUUGUGCUCCAUCACUCGUGGCCAAUGUGUGUCAGCGACUUCGUGUGCGCCACCAACCACUCCACCUUUGACAUGUCGGCAUCGGACUGUAUGCCAUGGCAGUGCUGGGCGGCGGAGACAGCAGUGUUAGUGUUCAUGGUGCUUGUGUCUACCUGUAUCGUGACCAUGAGUGUGGUGAUCAUGACGGUCAUCAUCGCCUGUCCACAGUUCCACAAGCCCAAGUAUUACCUUCGCUUUUCGCUCGCUGCCACUGACUUCUUAAUCGGUGUGAUUGUGUGUGGUCACGCCGCCUACAAUCAGUGGGUGGGUCUCACUGAAAUCCCUUUCGGUAGGUUUUUGGAGUACGCCAAUUUAAAGGCGGGGCAGCUGUUUCGCCACGUACCUAACUGCUUGUGGGGCGUGUCGGACGUGCUCACGCAGAUCAGUGGCUUCUUCGUGUCCUCCAACAUGAUCAUAUCACUCUACACUCUCUCCCUAAUGAGCCUCGACCGGUACCUGCUGCUCACGCGCACUCAUUACCGUACGCUCGUCACCUCCCGCCGCGUCGGUGUCGCUCUCCUGGUGUCAUGGAGCUGUGGUCUCUGUGUCCCGUCGCUACACUUUGUUUAUCGGCCUCAAAAGCAGGACGACAUAUGCGUCAACUACGACACAUCUUCGUUGGACGUACAUAUCAUCAACAACGAGAGCAAGAUCGCCACAGCAGACUACAAAGUGUACCUGAAGCAUGCAGUGCCGCUGAGCGUGACGGUGGUGGUGGUGGCCUUUCCCAUCAUCAUGCUCCUCGUCUUUUCCUUCAGGACGCUCCGCAAGUACAAUUCCUACACUCGGGACCGCUCGGUGCGGCAGGUCAAGUCGGCGCUUCAGCUCACUCAGAGCCACUGCUCACUCUCGCGGCAGGUGAGCAGCACUAGCCUGGCCGCCAUGGUGGCCCUCAGCCCGCUGGCCACCCCUGACCGCACACACUUGGCCACCGCCCGUGCGCCGCCUUCCUACUGCCACUCCUCGCCUCCUUCCUACAAGCUCAAGUUCAUUUUCGGGAAAAGGAAGCCAGAGAACAACGAUGGUAAAAUGUACGACACCAAGACAGCGGCCUCGUCCUUGAACCUCGCGCAGCGCCUCAGUGACAGGGCCCAGGACACGAUGAGCAACGGAGGCGUGGUGCAGGCUGAACCAGCAGCACAGGAGAAUGGCAGGGAACGAGAAGGCAGUGGCGGAGGAGAUGGAGUUAAUGGUAGAGGUGAAGGUAGUGGUGGAGGAGGUGGAGGGCGAGAGUCAAUUCUGGGGGCUCUGGGACUCCGUCGCCUGCUGGCCUCCCACUCCCACAGCGACCAUGUGGCUGCCACCAUCCGCCGCUUACGAGGGAGCGUGGUGCUGGGCGGCUGGGGAGCUGAGUGGAUGACGGGACGGGACCGAGAGAUUACUUGUACCGUACUGGUGAAUGUGGCCGUGUUCAUGUUUGCCUGCUUCCCACUCCUAGCAGUGGGCGGCUGGAUGAUGUUCCUCUACUUCACGCAGCAGGAGAGUAUCAACAACCGGGCUCCCCUCAAACAGCUGCUCUUCGUUGCCCCGUGGCUCAUGGCGCUCAACAGCCUCUGGAACGCCCUUCUGCACCUUGCCUACAAUCACAAGUUCCGCAGCGCCUCCGGACACCUCAUCUGGACAGCCUGCCGGAGACUCUGCCGAUUGUUCAAUGGCUGCGGCAAGGAAUGAAGGAAGGGUAGGCAAAUGGGAGUGGGAUGAUAGGUUGUGUAUUAUCGUAUUAGGGAACGUCUUAUUACUGUAUUACGAUACGUUUUUGCGAAGAUUUCAUUUCUAGUCAUGCAUAAACCGGUAAAAUGGAAUGUAACUUAAUGUUCAGUCGUGUUAUACGUAUUUGAAUGUGUAAUAUAGUUUAUGUAUAGGGUAGCACUUCCUCGGGGAAUAUAUACGUAUGAUUAAGUUUGAUGUGAUCAUUGCCGUCUAUCUAGCUUUUAUGUAGGCACUGUCUCCAUACUGUUGUUGUGUCGGAGGCUUGGCACCACUGCUCCUCUGGCCCACACUCCUCCCCUCCGUGAAGCCUCGAGUCAGUGUGGACUUCCGUCAAGCAGACACAAACAAACACAAACCUCAAUUAAUGCCUUAAACACCGAACGACUUAGAUGCUGACAACCAAGAACACACACACACACACUACCAUUACUGCUAUUACACGGUGGCUCGGUGUGAUAUACAACUAAGAAUUAACACCAUUCUUCUUACCUUGGAAAAGAUGUGAGGUCGAUCUUAAUCACGACAGCUUGGCGGGAGAGUUCGUACUCACUCUCUCAUAAUCAUGACUGGCACUAUGUUACACUGUUGCAUCGAUAUAACUUAAUUAGUAAUUAUCUCCUCUCAAAGAUAGAUACAACGACAAAAAACGCAGUACUUCCACCGCUGUAUACCGCUGUUUGUUCAGUGAGUGGUACAACCUUUCAUUAGAACAUUUAUUUAUUAACUCGUUAUACGAAUGACUCGCUCAGCACCUGAGUAGGGCAACUGAAAUAUACAAAAUAUUGUACAUGCAUCAUUUCCCCCUUGUCUCUUCGGUGAGUAUAUACCUAUAAUAUAUGGUGCUUGUAACGACGAGACGUGUGUGUUGUACGUAUUGACGUACCGUUGUUGUUUUGCGUGCACCAUUUCCACCUGCUCUGUGUCGACUAAUCAUGAAAAAUGAAAGCCAAAUAAUCGUUGAGCGUUGAUGAAUAUACGACCCUCUGUGUUUACCAGAAGAGACGAAGAGUAAUAGCCGACGAACCAGUGACUGGCAGCCGUAUACUGUGUACAUCAGGUGACGGAGGGACGGUGUGGUGGAGGUUUGAUGGUUAUACUAUUUGUAUACGUUUUAUAUGAAGUACAUUUAUCGGUUACAAUAUAGGAAAUCAGGUUGUCAUACAUGGACUGUUAAGAUAUAUUCAGAGCUAAAAACUACAGCGUUCAGACAAAACGUCUCCUCAUCCCCUCUCCCCCGCCGUUCGUGAGGGCCACACAAACACGGUUACGGCGCAUCCAAUAUGUGGCAAAGUAGUCAAGAGUUUCAAUAUUCCUCAGUAUUUCUGGCACUCAUUCCUUGGCUGAUUCAUUCAUUGAUCCUCGGUCCCCUCAUCAACACUACCCUAAGCAUCUAAUUAGCUUCUUUGAGAACGUACAAACAAAUUUGUGGCACCAUUCAUUAUAAAUAGAAGGCACCUUGAGAGAUGGCAUAAUUACGUGUUUUUAUGCCUCGCCUUGUUUACCUCUAAGAGUGUAG